AUGUGUGGAUUCGACAAGGGCAAGAUCAAUCGUGACAACCUCUACGGCGAAGCACGCCAGGCCAAGAUCACGCACGAAGUGCUCGGCUGUGCCGCGGCCUUCGAAGCCAUGAAGGUGUUCGAGGAACGCUAUCGGAAGGAAGGUCAGGUCAUGAAGCACACCCUCGCCAAAGAGGUCCUCGCCGAUAUAGCGGGCGCCGAGGUCGACAAGCUCGUCGAGACUAAGAGUCUCGAAUACCUUGACCGAGAGAAGGCCAGGCAGCGCGCCCAGGAGCAGGCUGUGUACCUAUAUGACGCUCAGUACAGUGACCUGUUUCAGUAUGACCCGUGA